AAGAGGAGGAGUCAGUCAGCCAGCAGGCAGGGCCAUCACCCCGGGCUGGGAGGAGAGGUGCUGGGGUUGGGGGAGUGAAGGGGGGGGCUAGUAAUCAAAACUGCAGCCACUCUGAGCAGCUGACCAGAGAAGAGGAGCUGCCCAGAGUCAGUGGUCCUGAAAUUCCAAGCCGAGGAGCUAACCAAGGCAGCAAGGUUCUGAAACCCACUCGCUCCACUAACCUAGACACAGGCCAGAUUUCAGGAAAAGGGGCUGUGGACUGGGACCAAGACCUGGGAGGAGAAGCAGACAAGCAAGCGGAACCGAACCAGGGCUGAGGGUGCAGUCAGGGAAGGAGGGGUGGCUCCCUAAGACACAGGAGCAGAGGGUUGAUAUGGAGAGCUGAAGCCAAUUGAUUUAACCACGGACAGGAUGCUUAGAGGAACUUGGAUCCUGUGACUGCUCAAGGGACCAAGUGACCAGCCAGGAGCUGCCAGGCUGCUGUUUGCAGACAGAGAGUCUAGAGAUGGCCAAAACAUAUGCAAAAUCCAAAGAGAUGGUAGAACUGUCCAGCACCCCAACCUGGAUGGACAAAGCUCUAAACUCCCAGGAUGAGAUAAAGGAAGAAGAUGAAAGGCAAGAUAACUAUGGGAUGCUGAGUGGCUUGGCUGAAGAUCAUGACAGCAUUGAAGAGGAAGAGGAGGAGGAAGAAGAGGAAGAAAAUGGGGAGAAGCCCAAAAGGAGGGGUCCAAAGAAGAAGAAGAUGACCAAAGCACGAAUGGAAAGAUUCAGAGCCCGAAGGGUAAAAGCUAAUGCCAGGGAGCGGACUCGGAUGCAUGGCUUGAAUGAUGCUUUGGAUAACCUGAGGAGAGUGAUGCCAUGCUACUCCAAAACCCAAAAGCUUUCCAAGAUUGAGACACUGAGACUGGCCAGAAACUACAUUUGGGCAUUGUCUGAGGUUCUGGAGACUGGUCAGACACCUGAAGGGAAGGGUUUUGUGGACAUGCUGUGUAAAGGGCUCUCUCAGCCUACAAGUAACCUGGUGGCUGGAUGCCUCCAGCUGGGGCCUCAGUCUCUAUUCCUGGAGAAGCGUGAAGAGAAGGCUGCUAUUCUUGAUUCUACCAUUCCAAGUCACAGUUUCAGUUAUCAGUCUCCAGGGCUCCCCAGCCCACCCUAUGGCCACAUGGAGACACACCUUCUCCACCUUAAGCCACCCACAUUCAAGAGUUUGGUGGAGUCAUCCUUUGGCAGUCACCCACCUGACUGUACCACCCCACCCUAUGAAGGUCCCCUUACUCCACCCCUGAGCAUUAGUGGCAACUUUUCCGUAAAGCAAGAUGGCUCUCCAGACCUAGAUAAAUCAUAUAGCUUCAUGCCUCACUACCCUACUGUAAGUCUGAGUGGGGGACAUGGGCAUUCAGCUCAUUUUCAGACAGCUACUCCCCGAUAUGAAAUUCCCAUUGAUAUAUCUUAUGAUCCUUACCCACAUCAUGGAGUUGGGGCCCAACUCAAUGCCAUUUUCAAUGAUUAAUGCUAUGACAACUGCCUCAGCACUCCCAACCUCAGAGAAACCCCAAGUAUAAUGUGUUGAUAUUUCUCUUUGUUUGAGGAAGCUCAAAGUUGUCAUCUUUCAGCAGCUCAGAUCAUGUAAUACAUGGUCCUAACUCUUUGGGGCAUUUCUAUUCUCUAAGACUUUUUACUAUCCAUUUCUAUCAACUCUUGACAGUAUGUUGAUCAGUGUGCUGAUUUAGCCUUUAGCUGAUAGUAGAAGGCACUGUGUGCUUUUCUCCUCAGGAUUUCAUGGGAAAUUUCUGCAAAAUUACUAAACCCCGGACAAGACAAGCAAUAAAAUCAGAUCAAUUGAGAUCAUAGGUGGAAUAACCAAAGGAAGCCAUCAAUUUAGCAUUACAGAAGUUGCUUCUGAUUAUUAGAAUCGGACCUCGGUUUGGACCUAAAAUUCACGAAUGAAUCCUUUCAUAGAAGUCUCCAAGGGAAUUUUGACAGACAGUAGCCUCAUAUUCUCUCCCUUCCUGGAGAACCUGGAAGGGCCAUAGAAGUAAAUGAUUCUCUCAUGAUCUGACUCUGAUUAAUGAGGAGUAGUCUCUGAACAUUUCAGUUCCAGGAGUUGGCAGGCCAGAAAAUGGCACUCCUCUGCCAAUUGGCUGCAAAAGCAAUAUUUCUGUCAGCACUUUUCUUUGAUCACUGGCAUUGAAUUAAGAAAUAUCAAGAUUAUCCAAUCCCUAGACCUCUUGGACAAAGACAACCCGAAGAAAUCAUCUAAGUACAUUCCUCUCCCUUCAUAAAUAUGUAGGGAAACAAUUGACAUAGGGACCAACAAAGCAUCCUGACAGGAGCAAAUAGACAGCCACCAUCAGCUUUCUUCCUCACUCUUGGAUUCCUGCCUGGCAGCUCUCCAUAACAUAUAUGUAAACCACUGAGUUCUCCAGGGGAAAAGUGCAUUUCAUUUGUCUUAAGUAAACCAUAUUGAAACCAUUGACAUUAGUCCACUCAACGAUCACAUUUCCCAAGAUAACACAAAACAUUUGAUUGUUGCCCUGUGUGUUUUCCCCAUGGAAAAUACUUGCCACUGCUGCCCCACCCAACUCUAUUCCAUGCCCACUUUCUUUAAUUUCUAGAACAGAACAAAGCUGUGUAAGAAUUAUGCUAAUACUGUGUUGAUUUACAGCUUGAAUAGUAGAAUUAGAUAUGAAAUUCAAGACCAGUCAAUGGUUCUUCAAUUCUGAAACUUUACUUCAUACCUCUCUAUGAGCAAUUGACUCUCUUGUUCUCCAAAAUUCCUUUUCUUUAUUAGUCCAUCUGAAAUGGCCUUUCCCUCAAGACCCAAGAAGGGAGGAGAACUUCUUUACUAGCCCAAUCCAAGCUGCCAAGGGCCAGAUAGACUUUGUUUAAAGAACAAGAAUUCCAUGGUGCAGAGAUGCUGACCUUUUAGAAUUAUGAAGCACCAACCACCUCCAACCAUCCACCAUCAUGUGAAAGGAUGGCCCCUCUGACUAACCAGGUCAAUGUGUGUGAUUGAGGUCAGACUGACCUCAUUCUAUAUUCUGUAUUCCAAAGGCCACAUCUAAAAAAUACACAUAUAUACACCUGCUGAAAUAAGUGUACCUUAUCUGUUUCUCUCAUUUACUUACCCCCUUGCAGCUUGAAUUAUGCUUUUUCAGCUUUGUAUAAAAUGUGGAAUGUGUUCUUUAUGUGUUCCCUGUAUUUGAAAAUACCCUUUAGGGUAGCCUUGCAUAAAAAGACCAGCCCAACAGAAUUCUAUCAGCCCAGAGGAGGAAGUAAAGUGAGUGAUAUAUGGUGCCCUGGUUGCCAUACAUUGUAACUAAAGAUCUUAGUGCAUCUCAGCACUAGAAGGCCCCCAAAAUUGAAUCUGGACAAUAACAUCCCUUCAAAUGUUCACUUGAAGACCUUGAGUGAUUAAAAAUUCAUGACCUCUUACAAUAAUAUAUGCCAUUUGGGAUAAUAUCUAUUUGUUGGAAAUUUUUCCCUAUGUUGAUUCAAAAUCUGCUUCCUUGUACCCUUCACCUUCUGAUCUCUGCAGUCAAGCUUAAUCUCCUUUCCACAUAAGAGUCCAUCAUAUAUUUGAAGACCAUUAUCACAUCUAUCAUUGUUUUUUUCUCCUUGCCCCUGAUGAAUAUUGCUCUGAAAGGUUGGUUGCAUUUGUGUUUAGGUUAAUGUAUAAUAUGUAAUGUUCUGGAUAUUUAUUAGAUGUUAUUUAUUUAAUUUAUUACCCCUCUUCUUCUGCCCAUUUUUUUUUUUUUGAUUUGCAGGUGUGGCAUUCAGUGCCAAACAAUAGAGUAGCUGGGAUCUUAGCUGGAAAAUGGCUCAUGACCUUAGUAGAGUGAUCCUGGGUUGGGGGGGAGGGGUCAUCCAGUAAUGCCAAAUUUCCUGCCCCAAGCUAUUUUAUACAAAGCAGCAAUAAAGUGAAAGGCUAUGCAAGCUAAUUGUUUUCUUACUUUUUCCUACUAAGAAGAGCCAGAGAUAUUUUUGAAAUCUGUUUUCACAUGCUAGUGGGCCAGGACCAGUAUCCUAGGUCCAGUGAUUCUGCACAGGGAUUUUGUAGACAAUUUGGAUUUGGGGAAUGUCAUAGAAUAUAGAUGGACCCUGUCACAUGGCCCAUGAGGAGUCCUUCUGGGUAUCAAAAGCCAAUGUUUGACCACUUUGAUUAAAUGAAUAAAGGUGUGAUUCUUAUUAAA